AUGGACUAUUACGCACAAUCAAUGGGACAAUCCCCAUUUUUCUACUACAACCCAGACCCAAAAUCAGACAACCGUCAACAUGGUCACUUCUCUCAACAACCAAGCCAUAUGCCAAUGCCUAUGUAUCAUCAGCAUGCUCAAUCAAUGCCUUCAACACCAAUGUACUCCAGACCAAACUCUUCCUCCUCGCAACCUUCGAUGCAACAGAAGAUCUUCAACUCUGGAUACUUUGGAAACAUCACACCAAUGGCUUCUCCACGACCAAUGUACCAAAAGCCCACCAUCUUGAUCCAGGACCACUCCCCAAGAUUGAUCUUGGACUCGGACAACGAACACGACAUGUAUUAUUACCCUGCAACCCCACCUCUUUCAGCAUCUGGAAGCGUCAUGAGCAGCCCAUCUAGCUGUGACAUCCUACCCACUCCAGUAAACAGUGUAUUUUUUGGUGCCGAGAGUUUUGAAGGCGUUAAGGAAGGAUGUGAGAGUGAAGUUCAAUCGGAGAAUCUUGCUGGUGAAUGGGCUCGUUGCGGGUCUCCACCUAUGACACCAGUGUUCAUCCACCCAACCUCGCUUAGCUCUCACGCUAAUGAACUCCUAUCUGCCACUUCUUGCCCUUCGCUUUCCCCUUCUCCUUCCCCUUAUUCUCGCUCCGUCACAUCUGAACAAUCCGAUUUCGACUUCUGUGAUCCCAGAAACCUUACAGUUAAUUCCUCAAUUUUACCUCCUACUUCAAAUCCAAUCUUGAGCUCGGCCCGUGAAUUCUCAUCGUCAACCUUACCAACAUUGUGCUCUGAGGACGACGAACACCAAUACAUGUUAGGGGGUAGUGACGCAUUCGCCAAAAUCGAAACACGUGCGACGUUCGAUUUCGCAACAACCACAUCCAACCACGGCCUCCCUACCUUUGACCAUAUUUCAGAUCUCGAUUCUGAAGACGAAUUUGUUAAUGGUCUCGUGAACUUCCCUUCUACUGACAACGUCCAAUUCUUCGGUAAUAAAAGACAACGAACUGUAUCUGAUCUCGUCUCCCCUACAUCAGAGACAUUCAUUAGUGAAGACGAUUUCGAGGACUUUGAUGACCUAGAGACCGAAAGAUUUGCAGUCGCGUGCCUUCCAAGCCCACCUGCUUCGGGCUCCGAAGCAGAACCCAAAAAGGAAAAGCGUACCAAGAAAUCCAAGAUCGUUCAUUGUGACGAAGACAGCUCGGAAUUUGAUUCUAUGGUCCGAUCCCGAAAAUUCACUGUCCCAAUGAAUAAUCUAUCCGGUGCUCAGCCACAAGAGACCUCUGCCGACCAUCAACAAACUUCCGCCGCUCCAAGUCAAUCCGGUUCUUCGGAAAGCAACAACAUGAUGGGCUCAUCAGGAUCAGACGCCGCCAACACUCAUCAAGCACCAGUCAACCGUCGCGGUCGCAAACAAUCUUUAACUGAGGAUCCUUCCAAGACUUUCCACUGCGAACUUUGCAACAGACGUUUCCGCAGACAAGAACACUUGAAACGCCAUUACAGAUCCCUCCACACCCAAGAAAAGCCAUUCGAAUGCCAUGAGUGCGGUAAGAAGUUCUCCCGCAGCGACAACUUAUCUCAACACUCACGCACUCACGGCAGUGGUGCCAUCGUCAUGGGCGUAUUGGAAGAUGGCGAAGUUCCCGGCGACAUGGAAUCUGGCAGCGAUGGGGAGCAAAUAAGAGCCCUGGGCAGCGCACUCUUUGCCGCGGCCGCUGGCGCAUCUGGCAGUGAAAGCAGUGGCACCGAUAGCGAUUCCGACAGCCAAUCCCGCAAGAAGCGCAAGAGGUCGGAGUAA